AUGUUCAUCUUAGGAACAAAGUGGUGCGGAAGCGGAACCAUUGCGGAAGACUACAACGACCUGGGUUACUUCAGAGAAACGGAUGCUUGCUGUCGAAUGCACGACCACUGCGACGAGACGAUCGAGGCCAUGCAAACCAGACACGGGCUUACUAAUCCUUCUUACUAUACGAGGGUACACUGUUCUUGUGAUGAAAAAUUUUACGACUGUCUUCAUGGAACCGAGGAAAAUAUAUCCACAAAAGUAGGAACUGUUUACUUCAGUGUCCUUAAUACUCAAUGUUUCCGGAAGGAGUUUCCGAUAACAUCUUGCAAAAAAUACACGACGUAUCCGAAACGGUGCACGGAGUACGAUCUGGAUACGAGCCAAGAUAAAAUAUACCAGUGGUUCGACGUGCCUCUUUACUGA